AAUACAGAUGAAGCUUCACUUGCUUGCCGGCCGCUCACCUCCUGCUGUGCAGCCCGGUUCCUAACAGCCCAUGGACCUGCACCAGUCCGUGGCCUGGGGAUUGGGGACCACACAUUUAGGAGACUGGAAGUGAGAUCUAAGAGGCUGACAUUUGAUAUUUGCUGAGUUCUGUGUGUGAGAGCUUUUCCAGGUAGCGCUUUAUCUCACUUAACUGUUUGCUCAGCCUUCAGUUUCCUAUUGCAUUCCUGUGCAUCAGGGCGGUCGUUCUCAAUGGGAGGAGGGGGAGAGUACUACGUUGCUUUCAGCCAGGAGAAUCAUUGUGUCUGAUGACAGAGUUGGACAUAUGACUGGGCUGAAAGGAGGGAAAAGCCUCAAGAAUUAUUGGGCUGAGGUUUCCUGCUGGUAUUGCCUGUUUCCCUCUUGGAGCUGGUAGCCAAGGCCAGGUGGACAUCUAGGACUGCUCGUUGGCAGUUCCUGUGCGAAAAUCAGCAGUGGCUGGUGACCUGGCUUGCAGGUCAGUGUUCCUAGGAACUCCACGCCAGAUUGGAAAUUAAACAAGACAAAAGUCGUGUGAAGAGAUCAACAGCAGCUCAGAGAAGGCAGUGGUGUUACACAUGUUUUCAAAUACGUGUCAUUCUGUCCCCUAUUUCCACCCACAUUCAGCCCGAGCAGCUGCCCUUACUGGUUGCUCAGGUUGGACCGGGAAUGCUCUGCACGCUGGUAUUUUCCCUGGAGGCAUCUUGGCAGCAAUUCUGGCAGUUUAGAUCCUGGGAUACCACAGGGGCUGGGCAGGUGGCUCUGUGCUUUAUCAGCAGGAUGAGUCUUACAGGUGUUUCACAUGGCUGGGGACUGGGGACUGGAGCCUGGCAAGGAGUCUGCUCCUUUGAUCCGCCAACCUUCCCCAGUUCAGGAACGAAGGGGCACUGACUGAGAGCCCCUUCUGUGCUGCCCAGGUGCAGCUCGGCCUCACUGUCCACUGCGGUUUUCUCUACUAGAAAUCGGUAGGGUCUGAGAAGGGAGAAAAGAGUUGGGUAUGGUGGGCUUCUGCUUCUCUUCCGCUUCUGGAGAAUGGACUCAACUUAGACCCGGCGGCCAGGAUCAACCUGUAUAUGUUGGCAGACUUAGUUUCCAGCGUUGGAGGCAGAAUGAUGUAAUGGAAAGAGCUCUGGCCUGGGCCAUUGGUGGGCAGACCCUGUUCAGCCACCACCUUGCUCGGUGACCUUGACCAGCCCCUUUCCUUCUCUGCUCCUCUGUUUCCCACAUUUAAAACAGGAGUGUUGGACUAGGUGUUCUCUGAGGCACCUUCUAGCUUCAUCUUCUAUUAGUGUAUACACCUUACACCCUCCAGGUUGGGAAGUUUCACUGGCUGUUUCUUUUCCAGAAAGAUCUGUGCCCUCCCACCCCCCGCCAUGUUGUGGAUGGUUCUGUUUAGCAUGCCCCUAAAUAAGGUCCAAAAGCACAGGACUGUGGUUAGAGUUAAGAGCAGUUCCCAGUAAUGACUGUAUCAGCAUUUAUUAAACAUUGAUUGUGCGCUCCGGGCAGGUGCUGGGGCUAUAAAGAAGAACAAGAUGGAGUGCCUGCCCCAAGGAGCACAUGGCCCAAAGAAGGAGACAGAUGAAUAAAUCAAGGAACGAAUUACAGUGUGAGGGAUUGAAAAGUGUGCUCCCAACUGGAGUCCCGGGGCGGGUCCUGAGGAAGCUGGGAAAGCCGAACGGACCUCUACUUCGUGAUGAGGAAAAGUCAACGAGCUGGGUGCACCCUGGUACGAAAUCACCCAUCCAGAGUGGACACUCCUCCGGCCCAGGUUUGCCCCAGGGCUGGGAGACGGAUUCCACUCAGGAAGGAGCUGUGUAUUUCAUCAACCACAAUGAAAGACGGAACACAUUCCUACACCCAGUGACUGGUCAGGUCCCAGAGGAAAACAAAAAAUUUGACUUGAAAACAUCGGCCUUGGACAUGUCCAAUAAAACAGGUGGGAAACGCCCGGCUACCACCAACAGUGACAUAUCCAACCACAACAUGGUGUCUGAGGUCCCUCCGGAGCGGCCCAACAUCCGGGCGACUCGAAUGUCCCGAAAAGCCGUCGCCUUUGGCAAGCGCUCACACUCCAUGAAGCGGAACCCCAAUGCACCUGUCACCAAGGCCGGCUGGCUCUUCAAACAGGCCAGCUCCGGGGUUAAGCAGUGGAACAAACGCUGGUUCGUCCUGCUGGAUCGCUGCCUCUUCUACUACAAAGAUGAGAAGGAGGAGAGCGUCCUGGGCAGCAUCCCCCUGCUGAGCUUCCGGGUGGCGGCCGUGCAGCCCUCGGACAACAUCAGCCGCAAGCACACGUUUAAGGUGACUGUGUGCUGGGUGGACGAGGCCGGGGCCGGUCCCACGCACUGCCUCUCCCCACAGGCGGAGCAUGCCGGCGUCCGCACCUACUUCUUCAGUGCUGAGAGCUCAGAGGAGCAGGAGGCCUGGAUCCAGGCCAUGGGGGAGGCUGCCCGAGUACAGAUCCCUCCAGCCCAGAAGUCGGUGCCCCCAGCUGUGCAUCACGGCCAUGAGAAGCCAGACUCAGAGAACAUCCCACCCAGCAAACACCACCACCAGACACCCCACAACAGCCUCCCCAAGCCCGAGCCGGAGGCCAAGACUCGAGGGGAGGGCGAUGGCCGGGGCUGCGAGAAGGCAGAGAGGAGGCCCGAGAGGCCUGAAGUCAAGAAGGAGCCUCUGGUGAAAGCCAAUGGCGUCCUCGCUGGACCGGAGCCAGCCUCGGAGCCGGGCAGCCCUUACCCCGAGGGCCCGAGGGUCCCCGGGGGUGGGGAGCAGCCUGCCCAGCCCAACGGCUGGCAGUACAGUUCCCCGAGCCGGCCAGGGAGCACAGCCUUCCCGCCCCAGGACGGAGAGAGCGGGGGGCACCGGCGGAGCUUCCCACCGCGCACCAACCCCGACAAAAUCGCCCAGCGCAAGAGCUCCAUGAACCAGCUGCAGCAGUGGGUGAACCUGCGCCGGGGGGCCCCCCCUGCUGAAGACCUUCGGAGUCCCUCUAGGUUCCAGCCCGUGUCCCGCAGGGUCCCUGAGUAUUACAGCUCCUACUCCUCGCAGUACCCCGACGAUUACCAGUACUACCCGCCAGGGGUGCGGCCGGACAGCAUCUGCUCCAUGCCCGCCUACGAUCGGAUCAGCCCCCCCUGGGCCCUGGAGGACAAGCGCCAAGCCUUCCGCAACGGGGGCAGCCCUGCCUACCAGCUGCGCGAGUGGAAGGAGCCCGCCGGCUACGGGCGGCAGGAUGGCACCGUCUGGAUCCCCAGCCCCUCCCGCCAGCCAGUCUACUAUGACGAGCUGGAUGCCGCCUCCAGCUCCCUCCACCGCCUGUCCCUGCAGCCCCGGUCUCACUCCGUGCCCCGCUCGCCCAGCCAGGGCUCCUACAGCCGCGCCCGCAUUUACUCCCCCGUCCGCUCACCCAGUGCCCGUUUUGAGCGGCUGCCACCUCGCAGCGAGGACAUCUAUGCCGACCCUGCUGCCUAUGUGAUGAGGCGAUCCAUCAGCUCCCCCAAGUAUGAUUACCUGGGAGACAGGCGGCCAGUCCCUGCAGCACUGUUCCCCUACAACUACCCACCAUCCCCCACGGUCCACGAUAAGAUGGAUGAACUUUUAGAUCUUCAGUUGCAAAGAAACCUAGAGUAUUUGGAUCAGCAGGUCCCUCCGUACCCUGAAGUGUUCCGGGACAGUCUCCACACCUACAAGCUGAACGAGCAGGACACAGAUAAGCUGCUGGGCAAGUUGUGUGAGCAGAACAAGGUGGUGAGGGAGCAGGACCGGCUGGUGCAGCAGCUCCGAGCUGAGAAGGAAAGCCUGGAAAGUGCCUUGAUGGGGACGCACCAGGAGCUGGAGAUGUUCGGCAGCCAGCCCGCCUACCCGGAGAAGCUGCUGCACAAGAAGGAAUCGCUGCAGAAGCAGCUCAUCAACAUCCGCGUGGAGCUGUCUCAGGCGACCACGGCCCUGACGAACAGCACCAUAGAGUACGAGAGCCUCGAGUCCGAGGUCUCUGCCCUGCACGACGACCUCUGGGAGCAGCUCAAUCUGGACGUCCAGAAUGAGGUGCUCAACCGGCAGAUCCAAAAGGAGAUCUGGAGGGUCCAGGACGUGAUGGAGGGGCUGCGGAAGAACAACCCCUCCCGGGGCACGGACACGGCCAAGCACAGAGGAGGACUCGGGCCCUCGGCCAGCUACGGCUCCAACAGCCCGGCCAGCCCCCUCAGCUCCGCCAGCCUCACCAGCCCCCUGAGCCCCUUUUCCCUGGUGUCGGGCUCUCAGGGGUCCCCCACCAAGCCUGGGUCCAACGAGCCCAAGGCAAGCUAUGAGCAAAGCAAGAAAGACUCCCACCAGACAUCGCCCCUGGACACCCCCAGGGACAUCAGCCUUGUGCCCACCAGGCAAGAGAUGGAGGCAGAGAAGCAGGCAGCUCUCAACAAAGUUGGCAUCGUGCCCCCUCGGACAAAGUCACCCACUGAUGAAGAAGUGCCCCCGUCGGCAGUGGUGAGGAGGAGCGCCAACGGGCUCAGCAACGGACUCUCCUCCCAGGAGCGCCCCAAGAGCGCGGUGUUCCCUGGCGAGGGCAAGGUGAAGAUGAGCGUGGAGGAGCAGAUCGACCGGAUGCGGAGACACCAGAGCGGCUCCAUGAAGGAGAAGCGGAGGAGCCUGCAGCUCCCGGCCAGCCCGGCACCCGAGCCCAGCGCGCGGCCCACCUACAAAGUGGUGCGCCGCCACCGCAGCAUCCACGAGGUGGACAUCUCCAACCUCGAGGCGGCGCUGCGGGCAGAGGAGCCGGGCGGGCAGGCCUACGAGACGCCCCGGGAGGAAAUCGCCCGGCUUCGCAAAAUGGAGCUGGAGCCCCAGCACUACGACGUGGACAUCAAUAAGGAGCUCUCCACCCCAGACAAAGUCCUCAUCCCCGAGCGCUACAUCGACCUGGAGCCCGACGUGCCCCUGAGCCCCGAGGAGCUGAAGGAGAAGCAGAAGAAGGUGGAGAGGAUCAAGACCCUCAUUGCCAAAUCCAGUAUGCAGAACGUGGUGCCCAUCGGCGAGGGGGACUCUGUGGACGUGCCCCAGGACUCUGAGAGCCAGCUGCAGGAGCAGGAGAAGCGGAUUGAAAUCUCCUGCGCCCUGGCGACCGAGGCCUCCCGCAGGGGCCGCAUGCUGUCUGUGCAAUGUGCCACCCCAAGCCCUCCCACCUCCCCUGCCUCCCCGACUCCACCAGCCAACCCCCUCUCGUCUGAAUGCCCACGGGGCGCCGACAGCAGCCAUACCAUGCGGGUCUGAGCUCUGACUGCAAGCCCUGGCUGAGGCCAACGCCGUGAAGCUCCACAGGGCCACGUUCUGAAGCCGUCCUCUGCCCACCUGAGGUCCUGGCUCCCCAGCCUGGCCCCCUGCCCCUGCGCUCCCGUGGCAAUGUCGCAGGGAACCCGGCUGGGGGCCAGGGGCUGCUGCCAAGAGGAGCGUGGAUGCCUCCGUGUCCACACACCCACCGCGCCCAGUCCUGAAGCCCCCGCUACUCGUACCGUGGUCCUAGGCCAGGACCCGAGGCAGCAGGUGGGGGCAGCGCCGUCCUCACUAAUGCCCGAGGCACCGGGAGCUUCAGCCUAGCUCUGGCUGGAUUUGUGGUGACCCUACUGGAACAUUCCUUGAUGGAGAACGUGCCCGGGUGGGGAAGACACCCUUGGCUGUCUUAGUUCAGGACUCGGGGUGAAGAGGAGAUGGACACUCUGCCUCUGGAGCCCGCCUGACACCAAGGACGGCGCCUGCCGCCAGCCCCACCCUGCCGCCCCGGCAUCCCCAGGGCUUUGCCCCGUCUCUGCUCGGGGUGCUCCUCUGGGGUCCAGCGGGGACUGACCACCCUGCUUGAGCCAAAGACAAGAUGAUGAGACGUGAGGAGAAGCUUCUCAGCUCCCAGAGGGGACAGUGCUGGCUGUGGUUAGAGAACGGCAGGUCUGUGCAGCGUCUGAGGGCAGGUUGGAAGCAGAGCGGAGAGAGGGGGCGAGAGCCGUGGGGAGUGGGCGCAGGGGCGGCAGCAGGACGCAUCGGCGAGUGUCGAGGGAAGGAGGGAAAUGGAAAGGGGUGUGGGACUGUUGUCCCCAGGUGGAGCCUUAGGUUAGUGCCCAGUGCAAUGCCAGACUGUCACCUCUGCUCCCCCACCUCCCCCCCAGGGGGACCCACCUGUGGAGCCCAUGGUGGCCUCAGUGGAGGUGCUUGGUGUGGGGACCCAGGUGUGGAGUGAAGGGGGUGGGAGCGACAGCCUGGGCAAGGCUCUCUGUGGGUCUGUGCCUGCUGUCCCCGUCCCCGUCCUGGGGUGAGGGCCAGAGAGGAGAACUUGUCUUAUGUAGGGUGGUCAGCGUUGGGGCCUUACCUGACCGGUUUCAUGAGAUUUUUUUGCCCCGUUCCUUCUGGAAUGUGCAGUGGGCCAGCUGAGAGUGUGCCCGGGGAGGGGGGCUGAGGCCUCGAUCCAGGAGUUCCGAUUCCAGGACCCCACCCCUCGUCCCAGGAUCCCAGGUGAGGACCAGGUGAGACUUGGCGCUCUCGCAGUCAACCCACCCAGGGAGGCCGGUGGGGCAGAGACAGGAAAGCAGAGUAUAGUCUUCCUCUCUGCCCCACCUACCUUGACACGCGGCAGCCCGAGAGGCGGAAGGAGAGUGAAGCCAAGGACGCCUGGGCCCCCCAGGCCUGCACGUUGCAGAGUUGCUGCCCAGAGACUUCAGCCUGACCUUGCGUGGUCCCCAAGAACAACUGCUUUACCUUCUACCAGUUCCGCUCCACUCCUUCGUGGCUGGGACAGCUACCGGUUCAUAUGCAAGUAAAGAUGACAGUUCACUCAGCACAUAUUUAUCGAGCACCUUUUACGUGUCAGGCACUGUUCUAGGUGCUCAGGAUACACUCGCGCUUCUGAGGGAUUACGGGCCGGGAGGAUUCCGCCGGUCUCCGCUUCUAGCAGGUUUCCUGGACGUGACCUUUGGCUGCAUCUCCCGUCCUCCCAGCGUCAGCGCCCGUAUCCGUCCUUUCUGUUCCGCUCCCAGCUCUCCCGCUCUCCCUCUUUCCCCACACCUCCCUCCCGCCGCGAGAAACAGAGCUUUCAGAACCUUCCAUGCCUGCCCCUUUCUCUGUCUCACCUUUUUUUAAGUAAUAUUUUUAGAAAUACAUGUAAAAUACCAAGAAAUAGUGUCUGGGCCUCUCCCACCCCUCCGCCAUCUCUCGUUUCAUAAAGCUGGCUCUUUAUGUUGCUUCACAUGCCUUAAUAUAUGUUUUCUGGAGAUUAUACAUAUUAUAGAUAUAUAUAUGUAAUAUAUGUAUUUGUUUGUGACGUCUGAUCCUUUCCUACGGCUCCCGCCCAGGCCUGUUUUCUCUCCCUUAUUCUCCAUGCCAUCCCCAGCGUACCCGGGCCAGACCCCUUGCCUUUUUAAUCCAAAGAAGGGGAGAGGAAAGACUUAUUUUAAGACAGAUCUAUUUUAUGCUUUUGUUAAAAAAGCAAAUCUAUUUUCAAAGUGUCAAUGUCCUGAAUGGAAUUGGCAAAGGAUGUGAGGAGGCCGGGGCGGCUGCCCCAAGGUCCCGACCCUGCGCCCUUCCCUCUAUCCCGAUGCCUGCCUUCCUUCCCACUCCCCCCGUCGGCAAAGGACUGGUCCCCAGAGCUCCCCUGGAGGGCAUCUUGCCGGGGCAGGGUGUCCCCUUGGAGUCCUGGUCUAAGGAUCUGAUGACACUGUCAGCUCUUGAUGACCCUCUGAGGUUGUCAGAUGUGAAUCCUCUCGAAGGAGCUGUUUGCAGUUGUGCGCACAGAGGACCCCCGUGCGACACACACGCUCCCCAGACGGGCUGCUGGAACGGGCAGGCGGUUUAAUGGUGGCACUAAGGGUGUCCUUGGUGGACCCAGGAGAUGGUGCAGAGUCCAGAGCAAGCAGCUGGGGAGCCUCUGUGCCAUCUCUGGGCCUCCAGUGCCAACACAGUUCUCUGGGCUUCUCACACUUUUUCACUUGGUCCCUCCCUCUCUGGUCUGGGUCACAUCUAUGGCAUCUGUCUCCCUCUGUGACCUUUCUUUCGGGGGGGGGGGGGUGUUCUUAAGUGGGUGGUACCUUGGUCUGGCAUCCAGACCGUGAAAUCAGCUUCCGAGCUGAGGAGGGUCCUGCCGACAAUGUGACAUCUCAGCCUGGCCCGAGAAGCCCCCGGGACUGUGUUCCGGCAGGUCACCGCCAGGGGUGCUGAGCCAAGCCAGCUCAGCCUUCCCAGCUGCUCAGCAGCCGUCGUGCUAGGCAAGGGGCCCUUGCCUUACAAGGGUUUGGGCAGGAUGGAAAUCUUCGUCCAGGCCUGAAAUCAAGAGUUGUAGCACAGAGCUGCAGGCCGGCAUGUGUUGGCACCGUGUUCCCAGUCUAGAGCAUCUUGCUAUGAAUGAAAGGGCCCAGAUAGGGGCCCAGGGCUAAGUAACCCACUGGGGAAGCCCUGGGGAUUCAUCCAGGGCCUUCGUGAUUAGCUCAUUACCUCCCUGAUCAAUAACCAAGAGGCUGCAAUCAAAUACUGCUACUGUCACUUUAAAGGUUUGCCGAGGUCACAGGCUGCGUGUUGCUCUCCUGCCUUUGCCAGAGGCAUGUUCUCGGGGCAGGGCUGACCACAGCGAGAGGGAACCACUUCCUUCCCCGUCCAGCACCCUCCACCUGGCAGCUCUUAAAACUAAGGAAAAAUAUUAUAUAUAUACACGUAUCUAUUUAUGCACAUAUUGGGGCCAAUUUGAUUUGCUAGUGUUAGACAAUAAACCAUACAAGGAAAUUUAUGAUCUCAGUGUCUUUAUUUAGUAUAAAAGUGACCUUAGAAGGAGAGUUAAGGUUAAAUAGACCGAGGGCAUCUCUGUCGGGGGGCCACACAGCUGUAGCAUCCCCCUAGCAUCUUUCUAGCCAUUGUCCUCCUCCCCGGGGAGGAGGCACACCUGGAUGACGCAGGUGAGGGUUUGCUUCCUCCUCCCGGCAGCAGCAGUUUUAGAUUUAGGUAACCGAAGAAUCCCAGUGAGUUCUGCAUUUGUAUCUUGCAAGUUUGUAUAAACCCAAUACAGGAAAUAAAAUGAAUGGUUUGUA